AUGGAGCUAAUUGGAUCCACCCAAACGGCCACUUACGCACGGCCUAAAACUAGCCACUUCCUCCCAGCCAUUUCCACCAUGGCAUCUAGCUACAGGAGCCACCAGCCCACAUUGACCUACAACCAGAAUUCAAACAUGCCCUGGAGGACUAAUUCUUACUACAGGAGUGGCAGUGCUAUCCCGACUGUAGCAGGCCUUCAAAGAGACAACCUGGACUUGGUCCGGGCCAAGACCAUGUUCUACCCCUCAAAUAGGACUGCUCUUAGUACGCGGUACAUGCCAGAUGACUGGUACAAGUCCAACCAGAUUAACUACAGGGAGUCAGAGUCGUCCCGGAACAGUGCAGAAAGGCUUCGGAGGGACACUAUCCGGCUGAUCCAGGAUAAGGACCAGCUGACCCGCAAAACUCAGGAGACCACCAGCAAGAACAUUGGAGAGAGGCUAAAUGACAUCAGCUUCUGGAGAUCUGAGCUCAAUCAUGAGAUAGACAACAUGGUGACAGAGAUAGCAGCACUGACGGAGGUAAAAAGGAGGCUUGAAAGAGCAAUCGCUGAGACUGAGGGGCCACUUCAGGUGUCUCAGGAAUGUCUGUUCCACCGAGAGAAACGGAUGUCUAUUGACCUGGUUCAUGACAACGUAGAGAAAGAUCUAAUUAUGGAGGUAGAGGUGAUUAGGUCAUGUCAGGAGAGAAUGAGACGACAUUUAGACCGAGCUAUUGCUCAACUAGCGUCGAAUCGAGCGGCACAGCAUGAGCUAGAGAGAGACUUGAGUGAUAAAGUCACGGCACAGAGAAUUGACGACAGGUGUCACCAUCUCAGAAACACCUCUGACGGUAUAAGCUAUUACAGAGGAAUCGAUCGCCUGGACCCCUCAGUCAGUCUUCCAGACUCCUGGUCGAAGUUUACUGACGACAACAUCCUUCAUUCUCAGAGUGAACGCGCCACCUCUCACAAACUCCGUGACGAGAUUGAGAUUAUGCUCAGUGCCACUUCAAACGAGAUGUGGAACCAGUUUAACACAGUAAAUGUGUCCUUCACCAACCGUAUCUCUGAGACAGCAGAUGCCAAGAACAAUCUACAGACUCAUCUGGCUAAGACACUUCAGGAAAUUUUCCAGACUGAAAUGCUGAUUGAAGCUCUGAAAAAGACAAUUCGAGACAAAGAGAACCCACUUAAAGUGGCCCAGACGCGCCUGGAAGAAAGAACUCGCAGACCCAAAAUUGAGCUCUGCAGGGAUAACCCUCACCACAGGUUGAUUACUGAGGUAAGGGAGAUUGAAGACACCAUUCACAAGUUGAGAGAGAGGUUGAUAGAGGCUGAGAACACUCUCCAGAACCUGGUCAAGACAAAAGUGACUCUGGAGCAUGACCUGUCAAUCAAGGCCAACUCUCUGUUCCUGGAUCAGGAGAAAUGCAUGAGCAUGAGAAAAAGCUUUCCUAGCACACCUCGCCUAGUCGGUUACACCUAGGUCUCCUAGAACCCCAUCUAGCAGCUGCUGAACCAUGGCCUGUUUGGCUGACCCAAAUUCAAACCUUAACAUUUAAAAGAUAAACUACAAGAAUGUUAGGUUAAACACACAAUAAUGAUAGUAAUGAAUAGAAUUGAUUGUCUCUUGUCCUUUGACUGUCUGGAUUCAAAAAAUCAAUAAUCCCUGAACUGUUGGUGAAGUGGUUGUUAUUAAUUCAGCACACAAUUAACUCUAAUCAGUCACUAAUAUACUGUAGGAUUACAAACCAAGUAAAGCACACACAUGCAGCAUAGAAAGUUAGUAUUGGUGCUCGAUUAGAACAAUAAAUAAAUAAUCAGAGUAUUUAAGGGAGGAUUUUAUUUUUUUAUUUUUAAAUGAAUUAUACCCUCAAAAUAAGCUUUGUUUUUCAUGCAUUUCAUCAAGUGCACCGAGUUUAUUCCAGCUUUUUUGUGAGAAUGGCCCUUGGCACUUAGAUGUGACGUUUGUGAGGUGUCUGUAAAUGUAUAAGAUCUCCUUCUGUCUUGUGUCCCUAAAUUUGGAGGUUAAUGAAAGUGAAGUUUAAUAGUUUUAGAAAGCGAUAUGCAUGAAAAAGUAAAAAGUUUAUUUUAACA